UCAAUGCUGCCAGGGACAUUCCGACGCGGGUCGUGUCUUGUAUAUCGUGCUUAGCGCGUUUCAGCGGGAAAUUUAAGGGCGCCGGUUUCGUAGUAGUAUUAUUGCAGCAUGGUGUGCUUGAAGAGCCGCGAAGGAUUUUGCAAAAAGUUGCUCUAUUGGAAGGAACCUAGAAAAAUAUUUAGCAUAAUGGUUUUAUAUAUUUGCAGAUUAUAUCAGAAUAUCGGACAAAUUUAGAGUACGAUAUAAUGCUUGUUGCUCAACCACUGGACGUUGGUCUCAGCAAGACCUGCGCCUACCCUCGAAAAAUCAGUACGUAUUCUGCGGGAGAAGAAAACGCAAUUCCCGGCCAAAUGCAGACGGAUUUCCCGGGCCUGAAGAUGUACCCGAACCAAACACUGCCGAUGGGGUCGCAUUACAAUACAGCGUUACCAACAGAUAUGGGGACGAAUGGAGUGCUUCCACCACACUACGGUCAAUCAUGUAUUGACCAAACACAGUAUUACUCGUCCACGACUCCAAACUACGAUGGCCCACGCGAAAUUGGAGACACCUGGUCAACCCGUAGCUACAACCACCAACGCUAUGCUCCGUACAACUACGCACCUCAAUACACCUAUGACGGGUACCAGCCAGAGAUAAACGACCAAAGCCACAGAAAAAGCGCAACCAGGGAAUCCACUAACACACUGAAAGCUUGGCUUCAGGAACACAAGAAGAAUCCCUACCCCACCAAAGGCGAGAAAAUAAUGCUCGCCAUUAUAACUAAGAUGACUCUGACCCAGGUGUCGACUUGGUUCGCGAACGCGCGUCGUCGCCUCAAGAAGGAAAACAAAAUGACGUGGGUCCCAAAGAACCGCUCUAAUGAAAACACCCAGGUCGGCGAUGACAAGAAACAAGGUAUGGAAGACGGCAACGAAGACGUCGCCACAGACAAUGAAGAUUUCGAUUUAAACGUGGACUCAAACGAACCUGACAAAAUGGCCAAUAACAACACCGCAACCUCGCCCCACACGUUCAACCAAUCCAGUAUGCCUGCUACAAUCUCCAGUUUGCAGCAAAACUCGGCGGUCGAUCCGAUUUCAACAACCGCCAUUACCCAUUCAUCGUAUAAUCAAAAUGCUACGAAACAUAACGCAAUCUGGUCACCUGGCAAUGACAACCACACAUCGUACCCGACAAAGUGCCCGGACAAUGUCGGAGAUUCUCAUUUGAACCUUCCUCCAUCGUUCCGUGGUUCCUACAGCGACGAUCAGUUCUCUGCCAUCAGUCGUCAGCAGCAAACUCCGUCGGUAGUGAGUCCUUCCAUGAUAAGCGGGGUUGACCUUCCUGGAAGAAUCGGUGAGUGCAGAUACCCGUCUGUUCAGAACUGGGUGGACGGGGUAUACCACAGCGCGAUCCCGCCGACCCCAGACCCGGAUUCCACAACUUGCCAUCCGAUUUCAACGGAAAGGAGAAAUUCGAUUGACGGGAGAAUCGAAGUCGAUCGUUUGCAAGGAGUGUCGCCUUCCUCCCCACAUUUCCAACACCAGCAGUUCCCAUGCACACAGGCGUCCCAGAACAUCAAUACCUUCAACGGUUACCAUUCCCACGACACUUACUCAAACCCGCAUCUCGUUAACCAAAACUGUAUAAACAGAGGAAUGCCACAACAGAAGUCAUACCCAUACACCCAUAGUAACCACGGUUAUUCCACUCAACAAAGCAUGCUUCUACACCAUAGUCCUAUUGCCAACCACAGUGGUGACUUCUCGUACGCUUCCUCGGCCCAUGCCUCGCCAUCAUCUGCAUCUGGUAGUUCACCAGUUUCGCAGCAGCUCUGUCAAUCCGAACAACCAUUGGCGAGUCGACUUGUUCCCAGUUCUUACCACGCCAAUCCCGGGAUGUCCGUUUCUGCAACAAAUCCAAGUACUUUCCCUGGUCAAUAUUACCAGAUGAGCGGAGACCAAUUGACCAUGGAGCACCCACAUGUCACCAACAGCUGUACUGAAAACUACAUCUUGCCAGGCACCAUUUCAUCUAGUCAGCAAAGCAACCAUAACACCUAUCUCCCAAAUGACGCUUCAAUAAACGUUGCUCCACAUCAUCAAGACAACGCUGUCAGGUCUCACCCAACGUCAGCCAGUCUCUGCAAGACGAACGUGAUGUCCAAUCUGACCGCUAGGUAGCAGACAUAAGCUACCCGGGGGUUGCUUGUAAAAACGACAAAUUAUUUUUUAAACGCUUUUUUUCUACUGACGAUGGUACUACACUAUAUCUAUUUUACGAUUAUGUUUCUGCACUUGUUUGAUAUUGGCUCCCCUCGCGUAACAUUUCGGCAAGUGUCUGCAAAAACAUAUUUUGUCAAUGUCGCAAGACAUUGAAUGACAUUGCAAAAACGCGAGGGGAGCCACCGGGUGAUACGUACUACAUAAAGUUCCUUUUCUGUUUGUUUGUAUUCGUACUUUAUAUUUUUCGUUUUCUUUGU